AUGGUUCAACCCCGUCCAUUUCAUCUACAACGAACGGUCAGUCCCAGCACACCCAAGGGGAAUUCCACUCAGUCACAAGUCUCAUCUCCUUCUCCUGCUCCUUCCUCGGAAGGGUCACCCAGCACGCUUGUGCCCUCUCCCUCAACCUUAUCUGUGUCUUCCAGUCGGAGCCCAACGCCAAGUCAGGAGACCUCACGUCCUGGGACAUCGGGCUACUCUAGCACUUCUGCACCAGAAACUCCACAGACAACUACAGCGUCCAUUACGUCUUCAACAACCACUGGCCCUCUAGUUUCUUCCACCAGCCCUGGCUCACUGAGUCCUCCUGUGAAUACUGAGCAGCCAAGCACAAAACAUGGUUCAACCCCUUCCAUUUCAUCUACAACGAACGUACCCGAGGAGGGAACAUUGCAAUCAACGACUCUGAGUCCAAGUGCAGAAACAUCAAGUGUCGUGCACAGUAGCUUCUCUUCCAGCACGGCAAAUCUUCAGAGCAGUUUGCCCUCCACCUUUUCCACCGCCAUAACUCACGGCUCAAGCCACACGGCUGGUCAAACAGGGUCCAGUCCCAGCACACCCAAGGGGAGUUCCACUCAGUCACAAAUCACAUCUCCUUCUCCUGCUCCUCCCUCGGAAGGGUCGCCCAGCACGCUUGUGCCCUCUCCCUCAACCUUAAUUGUGUCUUCCAGUUGGAGCCCAACGCCAAGUCAGGAGACGUCACUUCCUGGGACAUCGGGCUCCUCUAGCACUUCUGCACAGGAAAUUCCACGGAUAACUACAGCGUCCAUUACGUCUUCAACAACCACUGGCCCUCUAGUUUCUUCCACCAGCCCUGGCUCACUGAGUCCUCCUGUGAAUACUGGAGCCAAACACAAAACAUGGUUCAACCCCUUCCAUUUCAUCUACAACGAACGUACCCGAGGAGGGAACAUUGCAAUCAACGACUCUGAGUCCAAGUGCAGAAACAUCAAGUGUCGUGCACAGUAGCUUCUCUUCCAGCACGGCAAAUCUUCAGAGCAGUUUGCCCUCCACCUUUUCCACCGCCAUAACUCACGGCUCAAGCCACACGGCUGGUCAAACAGGGUCCAGUCCCAGCACACCCAAGGGGAGUUCCACUCAGUCACAAGUCA